AUGAAAGAACCUCAACCCCCGAUUAUCCCCCCCACUACACCCGCAACCACCAUCACAACCACACUCACAACAAUCAACCCCAACCCCAAAGCGAAACCCCUCUGCUUCCUUGUCAUCGGCGCCGGCUCCCGCGGCACCGCCUACGCCCGCGCCGUCUCAACCGCCACCACAGGCCGAAUCCACGCCGUCGCGGAACCGCACGCGUUCAAGCGCGCCGCGUUCGGGCGGGCGUAUAUCUGGGGCGAGAAGGGGAGGCCCGCGGCAGGCCAGGAAUUUAGCGAUUGGAGGGAGUGGUUGGUGUGGGAGAGAGGGAGGAGGGAGAGGGCGAGAGCGAGAGCGAGAGCGAGCGUGAAAGCUGGAGAUCGAGAUGGAACUGAGAAUGAAGAUGGAGAUGGAGAUGAAGGCGGUGUCGACGGCGUCUUCAUCUGCACGCUCGACGAGACACACGUCGAGAUCGUGACGGCGCUGGCCCCGCUGGGUCUACACAUCCUCUGCGAGAAGCCGCUCGCGCUAUCGAUGGAGGAUUGUCUGCGGGUGUAUGGCGCGCUCUCGCCGGCCCCAGAGUCAAAUAGAAAGCCCAUCUUCUCCAUCGGCCACGUCCUGCGGUACAGCCCGCACAACACGCUGCUGCGGCGCAUGCUCCUCUCCGACCGCGUGGUCGGCGACAUCGUCUCGCUCGAGCACGCCGAGCCCGUGGGCUGGUGGCAUUUCGCGCACAGCUACGUGCGCGGCAACUGGCGGCGCGAGACCCCCGCGCGCGACGGCUCCCUGCUCACCAAGUCGUGCCAUGAUAUCGAUUUUAUCCUGUGGUUGUUGUGUUCGCCUCCUCCUCCUCAGGAGGGCGAUGGUGGUCCUACAGACCCUCCCCACCCCGCCCCCGCAUCCAAACGCACAGCAACAGCAACAGCCAAAGCACACCUCCCGCGCUCCAUCGCCUCAACCGGCCACCUAACGCAGUUCCGGCGCGCCCGCAAACCCGCCGCCGCCGGCGCCGCCACCAAUUGCCUGGCGUGCCCCAUUGAGCGCGAAUGCAAGUACAGCGCUGUACGUAUCUACCGCGACAUGCAUCUUGCGCGCGGCGAGCGCGGCUGGCCCGUGCAGAUCGUCGUCCCGGAUAUCGAGGACGUGGGGGGGAGUGCCAGUGCCAGUGCCAGGGCCGGCGGUGACGGCGGCGAUGGUGAUGGUGACGGCUUCACCGCGGCGGAAGAACAGCUGCUGCUGCGCCGGCUGGGGGAGGAUUAUGUGCGCGGGGAGAUGGACGAUGCGGCCAUUGCGGCGCGGCCGUGGUACGGGCGGUGCGUGUGGGAGUCGGACAACGAUGUGUGCGACGACCAGGUGGUGACGAUCACGUGGGAUGAUGAAGACGGGGACGGCAGCGGGAGGAUGGCCAAGACGGCUGUUUUCCAUAUGAUUGCGCCGACGGAGAAGCAGUGUGAGCGCCGGGGCCGGGUGUACGGCACGCGCGGCGAGCUCUCGUACGACAGCCGCACGAUCUCGGUGUAUGACUUUGCGACGCGGACGACCACGAGUGUCGACGUGCCGCGGCAGCCGCCCGAGGAGGAGAAGGCGCAUGGCGGCGGUGACUUUGGCCUGGCGCGCAGCUUUGUGCGGGCAGUGGACGCCGUGGAGAAUCUGGGGUGGGACGUUGAGCGCGCGCAGGCCCAUUUCGUCGGUUGUACACUUGAAGAGGCGGUGCGGAGCCAUGCGGUCGUCUUUGCGGCGGAGGAGGCGAGGCGCGAGGAGAAGGUGGUGAGGUGGAAGGAUUGGUGGGAGCAGAAGCUCGGUGCUGCUGGGAUUCAGCUAUGA